AUGACCGACACCGUGGUCAGCAGCGGCUCCAGCCGCUGGGUGUGUCCCAGCGACCGGCCCCUUCAAUCCAAUGAUAAAGAACAGCUCCAGGCGGGCUGGUCCGUCCAUCCCGGUGGUCAGCCCGACAGACAGAGGAAGCAGGAAGAGCUGACAGAUGAGGAGAAGGAAAUUAUCAACAGGGUGAUCGCCCGGGCCGAGAAAAUGGAAGAGAUGGAGCAGGCGCGGAUCGGGCGCCUGGUGGACCGCCUGGAGAACAUGAGGAAGAACGUGGCUGGGGAUGGGGUGAACCGCUGCAUCCUGUGUGGCGAACAGCUGGGGAUGCUGGGCUCUGCCUGCGUAGUGUGCGAGGACUGCAAGAAGAAUGUCUGCACCAAAUGCGGGGUAGAGACCUCCAACAACCGCCCGCAUCCUGUGUGGCUCUGCAAAAUCUGCAUCGAGCAGAGGGAGGUGUGGAAGCGUUCUGGAGCCUGGUUCUUCAAGGGCUUCCCCAAACAGGUCCUCCCACAGCCAAUGCCCAUAAUGAAGACCAAGCCCAAGCAGCCUGUCAGUGAGCCUGCUGUCCCAGAGCAGCCUACCCCUGAACCCAAGCACACUGUCCGGGCUCCAACUCAAGGUGACGCUGAAGACAGGAGGGGCCCAGGUCAGAAGCCAGGCCCUGAGCUGGCCUCUGCGCCAGGCCGAGGAAGCUACGGGCCUCCUGUGCGCAGGGCCUCAGAGGCACGAAUGAGCUCAGCCAGCCGGGACUCAGAGGGCUGGGGCCAUGGCCAUGGCGGGGCAGCCGGUGACUCCAGCCGGAGCCCAGCAGGCUUGAGACGGGCCAACUCAGUGCAGGCCUCCAGACCCGCCCCAGCCUCGACGCCGAGCCAGGCACCGCCUCAGCCUGGGCAGCCAGGGCCCCCAGGAGGCGGCAGACCCAGCGCUGGGCCAGCAGGACGCUUUUCGGACCAGAGACCAGACAUGGCCCCCAGUGACCUCUGCUACCCAGGGGCCUCCAUCCCACCCUGGGAGGAGCGACUCGGAGUCGGAGCCAGGGAGGACCGGGCGGGCCACGCACCAGGCCCUUACUCCCAAGUGUCUGCUGCUGCCCCCCAGCCUGUCGCGACCCCUGCCCGCCAGCCCCCACCCCCUGAGGAGGAUGAGGAGGAAGCCAACAGCUACGAUUCAGAUGAAGGGACCACCCUGGGCGCCCUGGAGUUCAGCCUUCUCUACGACCAGGAGAACAGCUCCCUGCACUGCACCAUCAUCAAGGCCAAGGGACUGAAGCCCAUGGACUCCAACGGCCUGGCCGAUCCUUAUGUUAAGCUGCACCUCCUGCCGGGAGCCAGCAAGUCCAACAAGCUUCGGACAAAAACCCUGCGGAACACCCGGAACCCCAUCUGGAACGAGACCCUCGUCUAUCACGGCAUCACGGACGAGGACAUGCAGCGGAAGACGCUCAGGAUCUCUGUCUGUGACGAGGACAAAUUUGGCCACAACGAGUUUAUCGGUGAGACCCGCUUCUCACUCAAGAAGCUAAAGUCCAACCAAAGAAAGAAUUUCAACAUCUGCCUAGAGCGCGUGAUCCCGAUGAAGCGUGCGGGGACCACCGGCUCCGCCCGAGGCAUGGCCCUCUAUGAGGAGGAGCAGGUGGAGCGCAUUGGCGACAUAGAGGAGCGCGGCAAGAUCCUGGUGUCCCUCAUGUACAGCACACAGCAGGGCGGCCUCAUCGUGGGCAUCAUACGUUGCGUGCACCUGGCCGCCAUGGACGCCAAUGGCUACUCAGAUCCAUUCGUCAAGCUCUGGCUGAAACCAGACAUGGGAAAGAAGGCCAAACACAAGACUCAAAUUAAGAGGAAAACCUUGAAUCCUGAAUUUAAUGAGGAGUUCUUCUAUGACAUCAAACACAGCGACCUGGCGAAGAAGUCGCUGGACAUCUCGGUCUGGGACUAUGACAUCGGCAAGUCCAACGAUUACAUUGGAGGCUGCCAGCUGGGGAUCUCGGCCAAGGGAGAGCGCUUGAAACACUGGUACGAGUGCCUGAAGAACAAGGACAAGAAGAUCGAGCGCUGGCACCAGCUCCAGAACGAGAACCACGUGCCCAGCGAUUAG